GAUGUGCUGUCUGCACCAGAAGAGGUGAUGGGACAGGAAGGUGCAACUUUGACAAUUGUGUGCAGCUACAAUGAAUGGAGUAAAAGUAAAGUGAAAUACUGGUGCAAGUGGGGCUCUGAUGCAUGCAACACUCUAGUGAGAAGUGAUGAGCUGCAAAGCAAACGAAGAAUCACACUUCAUGAUAACACAGCAAGAAAAGAAUUUAGAGUGACAAUGACGGGUCUCAAGGCAGAUGAUGAAGGCUGGUACAAGUGUGGAAUAAAAGGAAUCAUAUUUGAUGACACAAUUCCAGUGUAUGUCACUGUAAAAGAUAUGAAGUUCUUCUCUGGACCACAGGAGGUGAUUGGUUCACUAAAUCAGUCUGUGACUGUUGUGUGCCACUAUGGUCAGGCUUAUAAAAGCCAUGUCAAAUACUGGUGUAAAGGGAAACUCUCAUCGUGUCGUGUCCUGGUGAAUACCACAGGGCUAUGUGAAGACCACAGGAUAACUAUCAGUGACAACAUUUCAGCAGGAGAGUUCACUGUAGUGAUAUCCCAUCUCAAAAAGGAAGAUGAAGGAUGGUACCAGUGUGGAGCACAACAUGGCACAGGAUCUCCUGCCAGGGACAGUGUUUAUCUUACUAUCAAAGGUAAAGAAAGGAU